AUGGCUGCACAAAGCUUCAAUGUUCUUUGGACUCUUUGCCUCGUUAUUAUUUACUUUUUGCCUAUUUGUUUAGCAUUUGGUGGUGAUCUUAAGCCUAUACCAAAACCACCUUCUUACGUUUGUGAUCCUAAAUUGUGGGAAGCGAGGGGAGUGAACAUGACUGAGUUGGGAUAUUGCGACAAGAGUCUUCCGUAUGAAGUUAGAGCUAAAGAUUUGGUGGAUAGAAUGACAUUAAAAGAGAAGGCACAACAGAUGGGAGAUCGGGCUUCUGGUAUAUCAAGAUUGGGGUUGCCUGACUAUAAAUGGUGGUCUGAAGCUUUGCAUGGUGUCUCACAUUUUGGCUAUGGCACAUUCUUUACUGAGAUUGUUCCUGGUGCAACAAGCUUUCCCACCGUUAUCCUCACAACAGCAGCCUUUAACCAGUCGCUUUGGAAUGCCAUUGGAAAGGUUGUUUCAACAGAAGCAAGGGCAAUGUACAAUCUGGGGCAAGCUGGGUUGACCUUUUGGAGUCCAAACAUAAAUCCCGUCAGGGACCCUAGAUGGGGAAGGAUCACCGAGACGUCUGGAGAAGAUCCGUUCGUGGUCGGUGUGUAUGGCGUUAAUUAUGUAAGAGGUUUGCAAGAUGUUGAAGGACAAGAACAUACAGAAGAUCCUGGCUCUAGACCUCUUAAGGUUGCUGCAUGUUGCAAACAUUACGCUGCUUAUGAUCUCGAUUUGUGGCAAGAUGUUAAUCGAUUCACAUUCGAUGCACUGGUGACUGAGCAAGAUAUGGUGGAAACAUUUGUUCGUCCAUUUGAAAUGUGUAUUAAAGAUGGUGAUGUGAGUAGUGUAAUGUGCUCUUACAAUCAAGUCGACAAAAUUCCAUCUUGCGCUGAUCCCAUUCUUUUAAAACAAACGAUUAGAGAAGAGUGGAAACUUAAUGGAUAUAUAAUUUCAGAUUGUGAUGCCAUUGAAAUGAUACAUAAUGAUACAAAAGUUAAUUGGCUUGGUGUAGAUCUUGACUGUGGAGUCAAUUACCCUAAUGCUCUUGAAAAUUCAGUCUUGCAAGGAAAAGUUCAUGAGGCAGAUGUUGAUACAUCUUUAAAGUACCUCUAUACGGUACUAAUGAGACUUGGAUUCUUUGAUGGAAGUCCAUCUUUUAUGUCACUUGGGAAGAGUGAUAUAUGUACCGAAGACCACAUUGAAUUGGCAGUGCAAGCAGCUAGGGAAGGAACUGUACUUCUGAAGAAUCUUGAUGCAACUUUGCCAUUGAACCCCGAUGCCUUUAAGACCCUGGCAAUAAUUGGGCCACAUGCCAAUGCUACGACUGCAAUGAUCGGGAAUUAUGAAGGUAACCCUUGCCGAUUUGUUUCUCCACUUUCGGGCUUUUCUGCCUUCGGAGAAGUGAUAUAUGAACAGGGAUGUCCUGGCGUAAAAUGCCCAAAUGAUACGUUGAUCUUGCAGACCGAAGCUGCGAAACAAGCAGAUGCUACCAUACUUGUGGUCGGUACAGAUUUAUCAAUUGAGGGAGAGGGACUGGAUAGAGAUGAUCUCCUCCUUCCUGGUUUGCAACAGGACUUGGUCGAACAAGUUGCUAAUGCCUCCAAAGGUCCAGUAAUUCUUGUAGUGAUGACUGCAGGUGGGGUUGAUAUCUCAUUUGCUAAGGAUGAUAAUAAAAUCAAAGGAAUCUUGUGGGUUGGACAUCCUGGUCAGGAAGGUGGUCGUGCCAUUGCAGAUGUUGUCUUUGGAAAAUACAAUCCUGGAGGAAGACUACCCUUACAUGGUAUACAGGCUGAUUAUGUGGAUAAGCUACCCAUGACAUCCAUGCAAUUGCGUCUCGAGGAAAAAGGUUACCCUGGAAGAACAUACAAAUCUUUCAAUGCAACGGUAUAUCCUUUUGCAUAUGGACUAAGCUACACAAGCUUUGACUACAAGUUGACGACACACAAUGUAUCUAUCCCUAUUAAACUGAGUAAUACCCAGCACUGUCGGGAGUUGGAAUUGACAGACACAUCUGUCCAGCAACCAUGCCUUUCUGUGGUUAAUGAUUUAACUUGUGAAGAUAUAGCCGUUGAGGUUGAAGUUCAGAAUACCGGCGACAAAGAUGGUAGUGAAGUGGUUUUGUACUCAAAGCCUCCGGAGGGAAUUGUGGGAACUCCUUCUAAACAAGUUGUUGGAUUUGAAAGAGUUUUUGUUGCUGCAAAACAGAGCCAAAAGGUUAACUUUGAGCUCAAUGCGUGCAAGAGCUUGAACAUUGUCGACGGCAGCGGUUACACACUUUUGCCAUCUGGGUUGCAUAAAAUUAUGUUGGGAACAUCAUCCGAACAAAUUGAUGUAAAUGUCAGCUUCGCUAGUUAG